UUUGAAACCAAAAACUGUGUCAGGUCACCAGUAAAUUCUGUGAUUUUUUCAAAAAAUUUGCCAACUUGAUAUUUUCAAAAUGCAACUAGUAGCUCAUUUGGUAAAAGAUUCAAUCCCAAAUUACCUAUCUAAUUUGCCAAUACCGGACACUAUCGGUGGAUGGUUUAGGUUAGGAAUUAAAGAUUGGUUAGCCUUAGUACCUCCUACAGCUGUUGUGGCAGGUGUUGGUUAUAUGUCUUAUAAAGCAUUUUGUCCUAAGGCUAGAGGAGGUUGUUCAAGAUCAUCUGGUUUAGUUAAUCAUCAAAUUCUUAAAAAAAGCGAUAAGGUAGUAGAUUCAAUUGAUAUAGAAGAUAUUUCCGAGAAAGCUGUCUUUUGUAGGUGUUGGAGAAGUAAAAAUUGGCCUUAUUGUGAUGGUAGCCACAAUGCUCACAAUAAAGAUCAAGGAGAUAACGUUGGACCUCUAAUAGUGAGCAAUAAAAAGUAAAUUAAAAAAUUAGAUGGCUUCCUGUAUACUUUUAAAAGUAGUAUAUUUUGUGGUGUUGUCUAUAUAGUGUAAAACUUGCAAAUAGGAUGUCUUAAAAUAACUGAUACAUUUUGUUCAUUUUUAUUAAAAAAAAAUAUUUAAAUACUUAAGGUUUGUUGUGUUUAUUUACUAAAAAUGUAAAAAUAUAUACGUUCUUGAA